AAAAUUUCUUAAGAUAAAAAAAAAACUCUCCCUUUAGGGUUUCAUAUUUUUCGGUUUGCGAAGAGAGGGGUGAAGAUGAUCGAGGUGGUGCUCAACGAUCGUCUCGGGAAGAAGGUCCGGGUGAAGUGCAACGGGGACGAUACGAUCGGCGACUUGAAGAAGCUCGUCGCCGCUCAGACCGGAACCAGGGCCGAGAAAAUCAGGAUCCAGAAGUGGUACAACAUCUACAAGGAUCAUAUCACUCUUAAAGAUUACGAGAUCCAUGACGGCAUGGGGCUGGAACUCUAUUACAAUUGAUUGCAAAUCGCUGGUUCGUUUGAUGCGAUUAAGAGGGAGGCGCGUGGUUUUAGAGGUUGUAAGGAUUCAGGUUUGUCUGUCUCGAAGACGAGCUACCAGAGAUUGAUUUUCGAUGGUUAUUGUACGGUGGACAUCGCAGUGAGAAGCCUUUGUCACAUAAGGAUCCCGUUCUCUUUCGUUUUUCUAUUUUGGAGAUUUAUUUACAGUCCAUUGAAAUAUCAAAUCGGUUACUAGUUUUGAAAUCGUGGUAUUUCCUCUGAUGUAUGGAUGUUUUCUCUCUCCGAGGUUUGGAAAUCCUUUGGAAGACGCGUAUUGGAAGCGCCCAAUGCGAGUCUUGUAUUGCUGGACAGGCCUCAGCAUGUAAAUCUUUGGUCUGCUAAGCGGACGCUAUGGUCAAUGUUUUGAUGUCUAUAGCCUGUUUGUGGAAUUCGCUACCCUAUGGAUGACAUCGGAAAUUUCUUUGUGAAGGGAGUUGCUUAUUUUGACAAACCUACUUUAAAGUAACCAGAUAUUUGUUUAUUCUUCUAAAUUCUCUGUUAUUUGACUCCUUAUUGUAGGGGGCUUCAUCCUUUUCCCAUCCUCUCCAGCUCUUUAAAUGAGCCAGAAAUUUUGUUUUGAAGUUAAUGCUUUAUGCCUCGUGCUGCGUUGUCCUAUUGGUUUUUUGCUUAAAAGGGUGCCAAAAUCACGCAUUAAUUUCCAUUCCAAGCAUAGGUGGUAAAGUAUUCUCUUCCUUUUAUUAUCAAAGGAGGAAGUAACUCUAUUCCAUGCCCAAAACUGUGGCCAUCUUGAACGAUCUACAAUUUCUUCUUAUUGAAUAAUCAACGUUUGAUCCAUGUUCCUGAUCCAUGUUCCUGAUCAUUGCUUAUAUUCAUAUAACGGGAUAUGAAUUAGUGUGAAUGACUUAUGGUUACUUAUAGGAAUGCAACAGUUUCAAAGUAAUUUGAAUGCGGAGAGUAGACCACCAGGCACCAAGUUGAUCUGGUAUUUUUUCUCUCGCAUCUCUCAAAACCGUUCUUGAAACAAUUCUUAAACAUUUUAUCCACAGUGGCGGGAUGGGUUCAGGGAGAUUAUCCUCUUAUUGACGAUAAAGAGGAAUAACCUUUCUCUUGAAUUUUCCUUCGAUGGAAGAACGAGGUUUUUUUAUGCUAAGUGCAAUUUUCUUUUUCUUUGAACCAUAGCUUUUUUCCCCUAGUAUUUUAAAUAAUGAUAUGGAAUUUUAUUUGUUCCGUUCUUUCUUACUAUGCUAGACAUCAUCCAUCAUCUAUCGGUAAUCUGAUAGGCAUUGGUCCAUCUCCUAAGGUGUGAAAGCAAAUUUUUUUGAGCCUCAUUGUUUAUAAGUCGAUGGGUGGAUAUCGUUUAAUUUGAUGGAAUUUGUGAAUCGAGCUGUGAACCGGGUUUGUGGUUUCAGUGUGGAGGAUGACAUGAUGAAAGAGUAAUGUUCUCUGCUCUUUGGCUGUCAAGGUACUCCAAUGCUGCUUCUCUACCAUAAUAUUUUUUACUCAGGUUGAUUUCAAAAGUGAAGGAUUCGUGGGGUUUUAGGUGUCUUGUGGCAUUGCGCAAGAGCUUUGCUUUUGGCCUCCCUCAGUAAGAUGCAGUAUCUGCUUACUUACCCUACCGGGCAAAUACCAAAUUUAUUUUUGGAUCAACCAUUCCCAGGACUCGAUUCAGCUAACAAAAACUUAGACUUCUGUUGUACCGAAAUCAACCAUGUGGUAGCAUUCCUUUGAUUUUCUUGUCAAAAAUUUCCCUUUCGAGAUGAGAUUUGGAGUUGUAGUAGCUUAUUGAAAUAAAGGUUUGAGCCAGAUUCUUGUGCUGUUAACACCGUGUUAAAUCAUACUUGAAUUACCUUAGUUGUGAAUAUAGUAGUUUGUCAAAUGUCUGAAAAUGUGAAACUAAUUUUGCAGUCUUGGAAUAUAAAGAGGGUGACACCAAGCAUGAUAUUAAUAUAGUUAA